AUGUACUCUAGUAUAGUCCCGUCUAGUUCACAUGGCUACUAUCAUAAUCAUCACCAACCACAACAUGCUCAAUACCAGGCCUACCAGCAAAACUACCACCAGCAAAAUAAUUUUGGACAGGCUUACAAUGGACCCCCCACUGCCACAGCAGCUCCGGUGAUAAAUGUGCAUAACUAUCACUUUCAUACAGGACCGGUUAAUAAUCAGGUCAUCGAGCAACACUACACCCAUCAUAACCACCACCAAUUUGAUGACAACAUUCAAAAUAUGGAUCAUAACACCCAACAGACUUUCAACUUCUCCCCUGAUAACAAUCCCACGAAUUUCAACGAGCAUAGCCAAGAGCACUCUGGCUCCGGCUCCGAGUCCUCCACCCCGUUUAUCUUCGAGCACAAGGUGUUUAUUCCCUCCCCGGCAGCGUCUGUAAGCAGCUACUCAUUCUCCAGUGACUUAUCCGGAAAAGAUGAGGAAGACCCGCGAAUCCCUUUGAAGGACAGAGGACGUGUCUAUCAUCCACAGAGUACUGAAAAACCCAAGAAGGUGCCGAGUAAGCGAAGAGACAAGGAGACAUUGGACAGGCUUAGGGUGCACAAGUGUUUGUAUCAAGGCUGCGGCAAAAUCUACACAAAAAGCUCCCACCUGACGGCUCAUGAGCGUGUUCACAGCGGCGAGAAACCAUACCCCUGCGAAUGGCCUGGUUGCUCUUGGCGAUUCGCUAGAUCCGAUGAGCUCACUCGUCACUACCGUAAGCACACUGGAGCCAAGCCGUUCGCAUGUAAGGAGUGUUCGAGGAAGUUCUCGAGGAGUGAUCAUUUACAAUUGCAUAUGAAAAGACACGAACCAGAUGGAAUGAUGGGGAUGAUACAGGAAGAAGAGGAUUUUAAGGAUUUUAAGGAAUUUAUGAAUUUUGUGUAG